AACACUGACACGACAGCUCCAGGGCAAUCAGCAUGGCGGCUCUCUGUGGUGAUUUCGAACUGUGGCUUGCUGACAAGUUACGCGCGCUCAGUAUUGACCCCGACGUGUUCGGAAGCUACAUCACAGGCAUCCUCGAAGGAACCGAGACGGAGGAAGAGAAGUCCGAGGCCCUCCAAGGCAUCCUUAGCGAAGUUUGCGAGGACGGAAUAUCGGAGGUUAAGGAUGAAAUCUUCAGCAAAUGGUCUGCGUACACCCAGAGCCCAGCGGAAGGGGAUGUUCGGGUGGACGACGAAGGGAAGUACAACGUCGAAGCGAAGCUAGUGAGUCUCAUGGAGGAACAGGCCAAGUCGGUGGUUCCAGAAAAAAGCGUGACCGUCGAAGAACAAAAGUUACGGCAGGCCAUACUUGCCCAGUACGCCGAGGUUUCCGAUGGAGAGGAGGAGUCGAGCCCAGUUCCGAAAGCUGCAGCGGUGCCAGAGGCUGUCUCUGCAGCUGCCUCCACAGGAGCCCCACACAAGGAGCAUUAUGCUCCCAAAUUGCUGGCGCGCAACACCAACGCCGAGACUGUCGCGCAUGCCGAGAAGGAGAAGCGUGAGCUGAGCAAACAAGAGCACGAACGCAAGAAGGCGCAGGACAAGCUGAACCGAGAGAAGCAAAAGCAGCAGCAGCAGGAUCGCAAGGACAAAGAGCGCAAACGCACGCAGAAGGGAGAACGGCGGCGGUAGCACCGACUUGGCGAGUCGAUCCCGUUCCACUUCUUGUUACUCCCCCGCGAGUCCUCCUAAUACUCCCCCUUUGAUGCCCUCUUCUCCGUUCCCUCCUUUGCUUCUCAGCGAUGUUGUGCU